GUGAAGUAUGGAGAAACACUUAGGCGCUUCAAUGCCCGCAUUGUUGAUGAAGAACUUGAUUUGGACAUGGAUAGAUUGAGAGAGAAGGUCCUUGGUUUCUUCAAUUUUACUCCUGAUAGUGAUCUAACACUUACAUAUAUUGAUGAAGAUGGUGAUAUGGUAACCCUUGCUGAUGAAGAAGAUCUGUGCGAUGUAAUGAGGCAGUCCCUGAAUCCCUUGAGGAUAACUGUGAGGUUGAACACUGAAACGAGUGGUAGAUCUUAUGCUAGAUCAAGUGGAAGUUCUACGCCCAUGAGAUCACCUCGAGUCCUGCAUCCUAUACAAAACUUGAACACUGGUGUUUCUGAAAUCUUGAGAUCUGUGCCGGAGCCUUUCCGCGAAGCAAUCUCAAAUAUGUCAAUUAACUUGGCAUCUAAAGCUACAUCCACUGCACCAGGCAUUGCUGAGCUUGUUGACAGUUUAUCAAAGAUGGGAUUGUCCUACCUGAAUCCUGUUUCUGAGUUUCAGACUGGUGCUGAAUCUAGCACACAGAUUCAGGUUUCGAAAGGUCCUGUUGCUUCAAAGGUUGAUGGGGUCACAUCAGAGGUGUUGCCAAGUGCUAAAGCCGAGGCGCCAACUUUGGCAAAUAAUCAGGUGUUGCCCAAUACUAAAUCUCAACAGCCAACUGUGGAAAACAAUAAGGUGGAAGUUGAAAACACAGCCAGAGGUGUGGAGGCAGCAGUUAUGCAGACCCCUAGUGUGGACCCUACACCAUCCACUGGUUACUUGAAUCUUAAUGGUGGCCUCCCUGGGGAUAAUUAUCUGUUUGGAAGUGCAUCUUCAAAUCCUGCACCUGACACAUUUCCUGUUGCUGCUGGUAACAACAUGGAGGAGGUCCUUUAUGUUCCUUCUGGAAACAACAAGUUGAAGGUCAAAAAGCUAGCUGAAUUUCAUUCAAAUGGGAAGUCUGAUGCUCUUGCCUUUGAGAAUGGUAUGCCGGGUGCUACUAAAGCUCCUGCUGGUGACAAAAAUAAUGAGAUUAAUAAGUCUAAUGAAGGUCGUCUUGGACAAAAGUUUGCUGGUUCCUAUCAUGAUUUUCCGAAGCAUUCAAGCAGAGAUUCCCUGAACAAAGAUUUGUGUGGCGGUGUGAACAUCAAAUGUGGUAGUGAUUUUGGGAACUCUUCUACAUCACGUGCUGGUCAGAAUCCUAUGAAUGAGUGCCCUUUUUCAGGGAUGCCUUUAGCAAGUGACUUGUUUCUGCCUCCCUCUCAAUCUGAUCCUCGUAUGGUCUCGUUUAAAAGGAGGUAUAACCAUAGUGAUGGCAUGGGCAUCAUUUUUCACAGAGGUGUUCGUUGUGAUGGUUGUGGGGUUCAUCCAAUAACCGGACCUCGGUUCAAGUCCAAAGUAAAGGAGGAUUACGAUCUGUGCAGCAUCUGCUUUGCAGAAAUGGGAAAUGGUGUCGAUUACAUCAGAAUGGACCGUCCUAUGACUUACGGGCAUCCCUUUUCUUUCAAGGGGUUGUAUGAUCACCCUUUGCAUCAUUCUCGGGUGCGUCCUCCAACCAUACCACAGGUAUUGCGAGGUUGUGGAAUGAAACAAAAUCGCCCUAAGCUUGACAGUCGCUUCAUUCAGGAUGUGAAUGUCUUUGAUGGUACAAUCAUGUCCCCAUCAACCCCAUUUACCAAGAUUUGGCGGAUGAGGAACAAUGGCACUAUCAUGUGGCCUGAGGGAACACAACUCGUUUGGAUUGGGGGAGAUAGAUUAAGCAAUACAUUUUCUCUUCAGGUAGAGAUUACUGCAGAUGGUUUGCCUGUGGACAUGGAGCUUGACAUUGCAGUUGAUUUUACUGCUCCCCAAUUUCCUGGUCGGUACAUCUCAUACUGGAGGAUGGCCUCACCAUCCGGCCAAAAGUUUGGGCAACGUGUUUGGGUUCUCAUCCAGGUUGAUGCUUCAUUGAAGGAUUCCACCUGUGAAAGCUUUCAAGGCUUGAACCUAAAUUUGCCUCCUGUGGGCAACGGUGCCACAGGCCCUGAAAUUGUAAGUGUGAAUGUUGAGCCCAAGGCUGAGGACAACCUUCCUGAGCCCGUAAACUCUAAUAACAGGGUCACAGAAUUAGUGGUGCCAAUAGUUAAUGCAAACCCAAAUAAAGAACAGGAGCUGAAUUUCCCAAUCAAUGAUACUUUACUGGUUGGUGGUGGUAUACCAAGCCCGGUUCAUCCUCAGCCUUCAUCGUCUGUUUCGUAUCCCAUUAUUGAUCUUUCUGAAGCACCAGUUGUGCCUUUGUCUGCACCAUCCCCUGCUAAAGAUGCACAGGCGUCUGCUCCAAUGGCUGGUGAAAACAAUGUUGAGCAGACACUCCUUAGGGAACUCGAGGAGAUGGGUUUCAGGCAGGUUGAUUUGAACAAGGAGGUAUUGAGGGCAAAUGAGUAUGAUUUGGAGCAGUCAGUGGACGAUCUUUGUGGUGCUUCUGAAUGGGAUCCUAUCCUCGAGGAGUUGCAGGAGAUGGGGUUCUUUGACAAGGAGAUGAACAAGAAGCUGCUGAAGAAGAACAAUGGGAGUAUCAAACGUGUGGUCAUGGAUCUUAUUGCUGGAGAGAAGGCAUAUGAAGCGUUAGUGCUUCGAACUUGUUCAUUAUCUUUGUUAUUCUGUGUAUUCUGGUUUUUGCUGGGCUCAAUAUUUGGGCACGAAUGGCUUUCCAUGUUGUUUUAUUGCUCCAGUAUGAAGUACUUCGAUGUAGCAGAUGCAAGGGAUAUGAUCCUGGCGAGGGCUAAUGCACAACUCGAAUACUAA